AUGGACAUUGAGCAGGAUGAUGCCGUCACGCAGCUUGGUGGACUUGCUUUGGGCCAAGUUCUGCAGGACCUGGGCGUCGUUGGCGCGGACUCUGACUUGAGUCGAAUUGGACUUGGUUCGAAAAAGACAGCUACGACACCUGCACUGCAUCGCGAGGAAAUUUACAGAAAUGACUUUGAUGAUGACGCAGACGAUGAUAUCAAGUUGGGGCCCGUUGGUCAAGAUGACGAGGAUGACACCAUCAUGGAAGAUGUUACGAACCUGCGCAAAACGCCCGUGAAUCGCGAACCUGGUCGUGGCAAAUUCCUUGUGCGUGGCGAGGAAGAAGAUUUUGCGGAUGAAGAUGAAGAGGAUCACCAGGAAGGCGAUGCGCGUAAAGGAAUGGUGCAGCUCGCGACAGUGCCAACCACACAGCCGCCACUCAACAAGACAGACGAGCUUGUGGCGCCCAAGUCUGCGCUACCAUAUCAGCAACAGCAAGCCGAACCGCCAAUGAGCCCUACAACGGAAGCGCGCAUGCUCUUCCCGGACUUUCAACCCGGCAAAUUGCUAGAUUUUACUGAGCUCUUUGGCACGCGCUCGCUGAAGCGGCGAAAACUCAUCGGUCGGCUUCCGCAGUAUACCAAGCCGCAUGUCGACAUCUCUGUGCGGGAAUCAGAUAAGGAUGAGUUCUUUUCAGCUGAAGGGUUUGAACGCGAGAGACAGCCAACGUUUCUGGGACGAAUUGUGAACCCGCAUUUAGCAGAUCAGGAGUAUGAAUCGGCCAAGAUUCAUUGCCAAGUCUUGUUUGAUGAUUCGGCUAUUGAAGAUCAAAGUGCUAACGGUGAUACACACGAACCAAUCCAGCUUCUGAAUAAUGUCGAAGUCGAUGACUGGCAGCGGCGGGUUCUGUUGGACUCGCACAAAGAUCAAGCUGAGUUUUCAACAGAUGAGAAGCUUCUGCCACCUGUAUUAUCCAUGGAGACCGUGAGCCGGCCGCGGAACCAUGAGCUUGCAAACGGCAUGUGGUUUGAGAACAUCAUAUGGAAUCCCCAUCAUCCGUUUCGCCGCUUCGAUCGUCUUUUGAUGGACAUGAAUGAUGCGGAAAUGAUCUUGGAAAAUGAAAAUACUCAAAGAGAAAAACAAGUAUCGCUUUUGCGGGCAGAUGCGCCACCGAACUUACUCAAGUCCAGCAAGUUCGCGGCGGAAUUGGAUCCAUUCAACCUGUCGAACGAUCGCAUGUACGAAAUGAGCAAGGAACAUCGACACCGGGUGCGGCAGACACUCGGACAACUGGUUGUGCGGCAUGCAUGGCCUGCGAUCAAGUUGCAGCUGCCAUUCUAUAAGACGCGGCUUUCGAAGCAUGAGACGCGCUCAUGGCAUCGCCCACGGAUCCAGUUUCCGUCGAACAUGCCCAUAACGUUUUCGCGAGUGCGCACGUCGCGCAAGUCCAAAGAUGGAGAGCGCAAGUCAAAGGAUCCAAGUGAGGUGCUUCACAGCACGCGUGACCUGACGCUUAAGGAUGCGAGCAACUACAUUAUGUAUGCCAAAGAUGAUCAUAUUCCGCGCUCCGAGCUGGGCGAAGCAUUUGUGCUCGACAUUACCGAUGAGUCGCCGUUCAUGAAGUUUGGCAGUGUGGAGCCCGGGCAGACGCAACCAGUCCUGUACAAUAAUAUGACUCGUGCGCCUCUGUUUCGCCAUAAGCCAUCGCAGAACGACUUCUUGUUCAUCCGCAGCACAACCAAGAAUGAUGUACGGUAUUACCUACGGGACGUGCCGAAUUUGUAUGUGGUGGGCCAAACGUACCCAACAACGCCGAUCCCUGGUCCCCAUGCGCGCCUUGUGACAAACAACAUCAAAUACCGCCUGCAAAUGAUUACUUACAAGCUGGUGGAAAAAAGUCAUGCACACCGCAUCAAAAUUCACCGCGUCAUGAAGUAUUUCCCGGACCAAAAUGAACUACAAAUGCGGCAGCGACUGAAGGAGUUUAUGGUGUACAACCGCAAAUCCGGUGAUGUGCACCAGGGCUUCUGGCGGCUCAAGCCGGACGUGCCGAUCCCGGACGAAGCCGAGCUACAGAAACUCUUGACGCCCGAGCACAUUUGUCUCGUCGAGGGUAUGCAGGUCGGACAGCGUCACCUCCUGGAUGCUGGGUUUACAAAGACAGCAGAAGGCGCCGACGACGAUGCAGACGAAAGCAAGUUGGAAAUAGAGCAGCUGCUUGCUCCGUGGAUCACCAGCAAAAACUUUUUGCAUGCGACACAAGGCAAGGCCAUGCUCAAGCUGCACGGCGAGGGUGAUCCCAGUGGACGUGGUGAAGCAUUUAGCUUCGUGCGUGUGUCAAUGAAGGAGAUUUUCCUUCGUGCUGGCGAAGAUGUGGACGAGCGACUCGCUGCAGAAGCCGAGACACGCGCCAAGUCCGGGCACAGGUACAACGUGGCAGAGCAACAAGCGAUCUACCGAUCUGAAAUCGCGCGUAUUUGGAAAGCGCAGCUGGCGGCACUGUCGAAUCCUGAGCCGCCGCGCAUCACAGCGAAAGAAGAGCAGCUAUGGCGUGAUGAGCAGCGGCGCGAGCGCAAGCAGCAAGAGCAAAAGGCCACGCGACCACUUUUAGUCAAGCGACUUUUUCAUGGCGUUUGGUACAAGCACAUUGUGCGUGAUCCGUCCGUCAUCAACGCAUACGUAAAGCAGCGACAGGAAAUCGAAGAGCAGAGCAUCGUCACGGAGUCGCUCGUGCCCACGGGCGAUGCGGCGUUGGAUGCCAUGCGAAAGAAGCGCCUGGAAGAAGAAAUUGCCGCGCGUGUCAAGAACCAGGACCGUCGCUUGCAACGCAAGAACGCCAAGGCAGCGGCAGAAGGCAUCGACGGCGGCUACAAAAAGAUGCCGAACAAGACAAAUACGAAACGGCGCUGUGGCCGCUGUGGACAGGUUGGUCAUAUGCUCACGAACAAUGCGUGCCCACAAUACCAUGCAGACAAGGCCAACAGUGGACGCCCAGGUGCGAGUGGUGCUAAUGCGGUGCGUCCGCCCAGUGUGAUGCCCAUGCCGAACAGCACCUACUAUACGAGUGCAUCGACUCAGCAACAGGGCACCGCGAUGCCAACUACAUUCCCACCGUUCGGCAUGAACGACCCUAUGGGCCCGCAAUCGCCACCUCCGCCAAUGCAGCGAUGA